CUCCAGGGCGGAGUCUGGGGCGGAGCUCGCCCGCCCGGCGCGCAGGGAAAGGGAGGGUCCGCGCCGCCGCCGUCCGCGCCGCCCCGCCCUCGGCCCGCUGCUCGCUCGGCUCUGUUCCUCCCGGCCGCAGCCCCCGCCGUAGCCGCCGCUGCUCCCGCCACCACCGCCUCCGAGCAGAAGAUGGCUGUGCCUCCUACAUAUGUGGAUCUUGGCAAGUCUGCCAGGGACGUCUUCACCAAGGGCUACGGAUUUGGAUUAAUAAAACUUGAUUUGAAAACGAAGUCUGAGAAUGGUUUGGAAUUUACAAGCUCAGGCUCAGCCAACACUGAGACCACCAAAGUUAAUGGCAGCUUGGAGACCAAGUACAGGUGGACUGAAUAUGGCCUGACAUUUACUGAGAAGUGGAACACUGACAACACACUUGGCACCGAGAUUACUGUGGAAGAUCAGCUUGCACGAGGACUGAAGUUGACCUUUGAUUCGUCCUUCUCACCUAACACUGGGAAAAAAAAUGCUAAAAUCAAGACAGGGUACAAGCGGGAGCACAUCAACCUGGGGUGUGACGUGGACUUUGACAUUGCUGGGCCUUCCAUCCGGGGUGCUCUGGUGCUGGGGUAUGAGGGCUGGCUGGCUGGCUACCAGAUGAAUUUUGAAACUGCGAAGUCGCGAGUGACACAGAGCAACUUUGCUGUCGGCUACAAGACGGAUGAAUUCCAGCUUCACACCAAUGUGAACGAUGGGACAGAGUUUGGCGGCUCCAUUUAUCAGAAGGUGAACAAGAAGUUGGAGACUGCUGUUAAUCUUGCCUGGACAGCAGGAAAUAGUAACACUCGCUUUGGCAUAGCAGCCAAGUAUCAGAUCGACCCUGAUGCCUGCUUCUCGGCCAAAGUGAACAAUGCCAGCCUGAUUGGAUUAGGAUACACUCAGACCCUAAAACCAGGUAUCAAACUAACACUGUCAGCUCUGCUGGAUGGCAAGAAUGUCAAUGCUGGUGGCCACAAGCUUGGUCUAGGACUGGAAUUUCAAGCAUAAAUAAAUACUGUACAAUCAUUAAUUUUAAACUAUUUUGCAGCAUAGCUACCUUCAGAAUUUAGUGUACCUUUUACUGUUGUAUGUCUGGGAUGCAAGAAUUGCUAAAUAUCAUGUUAGAUCUCCAGGUUAAAGAUGAUUCAGCUUUAAGGUGUUACUGUUUCAAAGAUGCAGAAGAAACCCAAUUGCAAAAAAAGGUCCUUUCAGUGGGAGACUAGGGGAAAACUUUGCAGCCCCUCUAGAGAUGCCAGGUUUCUUUUUAAAUCAUGGCUGCAAGCGGAAGCUGGUAAUGUGUAGGUACUUUGUAAAUCUGUAUUGAGUCAAUAAAUGAAAUUGUGAUUUCUUGAGAAUCAAACCUUGAUUUCCUAACUCUAAUUGAUGAGAAGCCUGUUGCUUGAUGGUGUGUACAAAUUCAUCUGAAAGGGACUUUUUAAGACAGAUCUUCAUGCCCUGUUACCACCCUAACUGUCAUCACCUCUUUUACACCAAAAGUAGUCUGCAGGGUGUGGUAGCUGUUUCUUUUGUGCCAUUUUGAGGUGGAGAGGGUGGGUGUGAUGAAGCUAAUAAUUCAGAACAUAAUUCCUUUUUGUGUUAUGGGUUUUUUUUUUUUUUUUUUUUUCCCCUUGCAUCAGAGUAUGAAAUAGCUUCCAGGAGCUCCAGCUAUAAGCUGGGAAGAGUCUGUGUGAUUGUAAUCACAUGGUGACAACACCAGAAAUCUAAGUUGGACUUCUGUUGUAUUCUCACCACUCUAUUUUUUAGCAGUUUAAUGGAUACAUUUUAGAGUCUUCCAUUUUGUGUGGAAUUAGAUCCUCCCUUCAAAUGCUGUAAUUAACAUCACUUAAAAUAAAACUUGAAUAAAAUAUUGAAACCUCAUCCUCCUUCAUUGUUUUUACUAAUGAAAAU